ACAUAUCCUACUUACCGAUGAGCUGCAGCAUUUUGUAGGAUUCAUUCGGUGAUCAGCUUCUAAUACAAAUAGUUUUUUUCAUCAUGGCCAACCCCAGAGUUUUUUUUGACAUCACCAUCGAUGGAGAUAAUGCCGGGAGGAUUGUAAUGGAGCUGAGAGCUGAUGUUGUUCCCAAAACUGCUGAGAACUUCCGUGCUUUGUGCACUGGCGAGAAGGGUUUUGGCUACAAGGGCUCCGGAUUUCACCGCGUCAUGCCAGGGUUGUGCCAGGGUGGCGACUUCACCAACCAUAACGGAACUGGCGGAAAGUCCAUCUACGGCGAAAAGUUUGCGGAUGAGAACUUCACCCUGAAGCAUGGAGGGAAGGGAAUCCUGUCCAUGGUCAACUCUGGACCGAACACCAACGGAUCCCAGUUCUUCAUCUGCACUGCUGAUGCCGCUUUGCUUGAUGGCAAACAAGUUGUGUUCGGGAAAGUGAUAUAUGGAAUGGAAGUGGUGGACCUUAUCAUGUCCAGAGGAAGCAGCAGCGGGAAGUGCUCUGCCAAGAUCAAGAUCGCUGAUUGUGGCCAACUUUAAUUUUUGC